UCGGCUUUCCGGUCGAGUAAGGAUUGGUUAGAUCGGUUUGUUAUGAAAAUGGUUGGGGGGAAAGCUGGAGUGAGGAGGAACAGUUUUUUUUAAUUGUUCGUUUUGGACGACAAAGAGUGCAAUACUUUUCCAGAAAGUUCUAAAGGAUGGACAGAGAGGAGGAGGAUGACCAGUGCAGCUGGGCCAGAGUAUUGAGUAACAAUCUCAAUGAAGACGUGUCAGGACUUCAAAUGUACCUAGCAGGAAAGGUGCCUAGCAGGGAUGAUAUCAAGGCACGAAUUCAGCAGUUUGUGGAAGAGAGGAUGCAGACUACGAUGUUGACUGGCAUGCUGAUCGGGGCAGCGGUGGCUGUGUCUCUGAUUGGGAUUGUGGUGCUCCUCCUUUAUAGAAGAUACAAGCUUGCUAGUGGCCAACAGGCUGUUCCCCACUAUCGCUUCAGGAAGAGAGACAAGGUGCUCUUCUAUGGCAGGAAAAUUAUGAGGAAGGUUAAGACCCUGUCCUCCCCACCGUCCUCUUCCUCCGUAUCCAAGCGCCCUCGGAAGAGACCCAAAGUCCUGAGUAUAGCCCGCAGGAUCCUACGAAUCCGUAAAGAACCACCUACCCUGCAACCCAAAGAACCCCCUUCCUCCUUGUUGGAGGCCGACCUGACUGAGUUUGACGUGCAGAACUCCAACCUGCCUUCAGAGGUCCUCUACAUGCUUAAGAAUGUCCGGGUGCUGGGCCACUUUGAAAAACCUCUGUUCCUUGAGCUGUGUCGCCACAUGGUCUUUGUGGAGCUGCAGGAGGGCGAGGGGCUAUUCCGGCCCGGCGACAACGACGACAGUAUUUACGUGGUCCAGGAUGGACGCCUGGAACUCUGCAUCCACGAGAACGAUGGAACAGAGCCAGUUGUGAAGGAUGUGCUUCCAGGAGACAGUGUUCACAGCCUGCUCAGUAUUCUGGACAUCAUCACCGGUUACCCCGCCCCCUAUAAGACCGUGUCAGCGCGGGCGGCGUCUCGCUCCACUAUCCUGCGUCUACCCGCUUCAGCCUUCCAGUCUGUGUUUGAGAAGUACCCGGAGACCCUGGUGCGCGUCAUUCAGAUAAUCAUGGUGAGACUCCAGAGAGUGACCUUCCUGGCGUUACAUAACUAUCUUGGCCUGACCACGGAGCUCUUCAACCCGGAGCGUCAGGCAGUCCCUUUGGUAACGGUUGCUGGGGUGAUAGGAGAGGGGAGCCCGGGUAGGAUCCCACGUAGACCCCACUUCCAGGAAGACCCCGUCUCCUUCGCUGUAUCUGCCCCCGCAGAAUCCUACUCUGACACAGAGGCGGGGAAAGACAACCAGUCCAAUGUCUUCAGGAAGACUCGCUCCAUCUCCAUGCCUACUGACAGUACAGGGGUGACAGGGACCGACCUUAACAUGGCGUAUGAGCGAGCCAGAGUCCCCAUAGAUGAGUUUCCCUCCAUCCCUGUCAUUUAUAAGUCCAUCCUGAAGAAGAGCGUGACCAUGCAGCAUGCGCCUUCAGCCGUGUUCCACUACUCGGACAGCGAGGGCCGCCCUGACACUGUACACCCCAGCAAAGUCAGCGCCAUCUUCCAGGCCGCCAAGAAAGACCUACUGGGCAUAAUCCAGCUGCAGGACCCUGGUCUGUUGGAGGGCAGGGUGACUCUGCACCAGGUUAAAGCAGGCGCUGUGGUAGCCAAACAAGGAGACCAGGAGGUGAGUGUGCAGUUUGUGAUCUCGGGCUUGUUGCAUGUGUACCAGAGGAUGAUCGACCGCGAGGAGGACACGUGUCUGUUUGUAACCCACCCCGGAGAGCUGGUGGGUCAGCUGGCUGUGCUGACCGGAGAGCCCCUCAUCUUCACCGUCCGAGCCCACCGAGACUGCAGCUUCCUGUCCAUCUCCAAGACACACUUCUAUGAGAUAAUGCGUGCAGAGCCAACGGUUGUGCUGAAAGUGGCUCACACGGUCGUUCGGAGGAUGUCACCCUUCGUCAGGCAGAUUGACUUUGCUCUUGACUGGAUGGCUGUGGAGGCUGGCCGGGCUGUCUACAGACAGGGGGAUAAGUCAGACAGCACUUUCAUAGUUCUGAGUGGCCGUCUUCGCUCCGUUAUAAUGAAGGAGGAUGGGAAGAAAGAGCUGACUGGGGAGUAUGGCCGCGGUGACCUAAUAGGCGUGGUAGAGGCCCUGACCCAUCAGAACCGAGCCACCACGGUCCAUGCAGUGCGCGACUCCGAACUGGCCAAACUACCUGAGGGAGCACUCAGCUCCAUUAAGAGGAAGUUCCCACAGGUAGUCACAAGGUUAAUACACCUUCUAGGACAGAAGAUCCUUCAGCAGGUCAAUGGUCCUCUAACAGCUCGUAGCCUGGCCCUCCACACGCCCUGCAGUAAGUGGGACGCUGGGAACCCGGCCUCGAACCUGUCCACUGUCGCCGUGCUGCCUGUGUCCGAGGAGGUGCCUCUCACAGCCUUCACCCUGGAGCUUCAGCAUGCACUGAUUGCCAUUGGCCCCACCCUCUUACUGACCAGCGACAGCAUCAAGCAGCGCCUGGGUGCCGCCGCCCUGGACAGUGUCCAUGAGUACCGUCUCUCCAGUUGGCUGGGCCAGCAGGAGGACAUCCACCGCAUCGUGCUCUACCAGACGGACUACACCCUCACCCCCUGGACCCAGCGCUGCAUCCGCCAGGCAGACUGCAUCCUCAUCGUGGGCCUGGGGGAGCAGGACCCCGCCGUCGGGGAGUUAGAGCGGAUGCUGGAGGGCAGUGCAGUGAGGGCGCAGAAGCAGCUGGUGCUCUUGCAUAGAGAGGACGGCCCCCCACCCCAGGGCACAGUGGAGUGGCUCAACAUGAGGAGCUGGAUCUCCAGGCACCUGCACCUCUCCUGUCCACGCAGGGUCUUCUCCAAGAGGAGUCUUCCCAAACUGAGAGAGAUGUACCAGCGUGUGUUCCAGAAGCCCGUUGACCGUCACUCUGACUUCUCCCGUCUGGCGAGAGUCCUGACCGGCAACGCCAUUGCCCUCAUAUUGGGGGGAGGAGGGGCCAGGGGCUGUUCUCAGGUGGGUAUCAUGCGUGCACUGAGCGAGGCAGGGAUACCAGUGGACCUGGUGGGUGGUGUUUCCAUAGGCUCCCUGUUGGGGGCGCUGUACGCAGAGGAUCGCAGCCACAGCCGCAUGAGGAUGAGGGCACGAGAGUGGGCAAUGGCCAUGAGAUCCGUGUUUCAGAAGAUACUGGACCUGACCUACCCUAUCACAUCCAUGUUCUCCGGAGCUGCCUUCAACUCCAGCAUUUACACAGUGUUCAAGGGCAAGCAGAUUGAGGACUUGUGGAUCCCCUAUUUCAACAUCACCACUGACAUCACUGCCUCCACCAUGAGAGUGCACACUGAUGGCUCUCUCUGGAGGUAUGUACGGGCCAGCAUGUCUCUCUCUGGCUACCUGCCCCCCCUGUGCGACCCCAAAGACGGACACCUGCUGAUGGAUGGAGGGUACAUCAACAACCUGCCAGCUGACGUGGCUCGCUCCAUGGGUGCCAAGGUGGUGAUCGCCAUAGACGUGGGCAGCCAGGAUGAGACCAACCUCACCAACUACGGAGACUCUCUCUCCGGCUGGUGGCUGCUAUGGAAACGGCUCAACCCGCUGGCAGAGAAGGUCAAGGUGUUGAACAUGGCUGAGAUCCAGACCCGGCUGGCCUACGUGUGUUGUGUUCGUCAGCUGGAGUCGGUGAAGAACAGUGAUUACUGCGAGUACAUCAGACCGCCCAUUGACCGGUACCGCACCCUGGAGUUUGGCAAGUUCGACGAGAUCGCUGAAGUGGGCUACCAACAUGGCAAGACAGUGUUUGACGUGUGGAUUCGCAGUGGAGUGGUGGAGAAGAUGAUGAAGGACCGCCACCAGGAGGAGUUCCACAACACACAAAGCAACAACAAUGGACCUGUGACCUGUCCCAACGCCUCCUUCACUGACCUGGCUGAGAUUGUGUCCCGCAUCGAGGUGACCAAGCCUGCCCUGGUGGAUGAGGAGUCUGAUUACCCCACAGACUAUGAGGAGGAGGCCGUGGAGAGUGCCUACUCAGAUGCGGACCUGUUCAACUACUACAGCGAACCCACCACUGAGGGGGAGGGGACUGCUGACACGGAUGAAGAGCUACUGGACAUCAGGUACAGACGUCGUCGUCCUGGCCCUAGCGGUUUGAGGGCCCCCUCCCAGCCACCUACAGCAUCACUAGUUCCCCUGUCCCUUGGAGGAAGCUGAGGGACACCACCUCUGCCCCGGACCCAGUCUGUCACCGAACCUGACCCCUGAACCCGCAGACUGGAAGCACAACUAACAUUCUCUGGCUGUCUGUCCAAACACCACUAACACAGUGCCUUACUGGUGCACAAUGCCAACAGGACCCUUUUUAGCAGCCAACACCCGUUCCUGUUCCUGGGUGUCUGUUAACUCUCUGACUCCAUAGGCCCUCAGAGCUUCUGUGUCCUGUGUUCUUCCCUCCCCACAUGUGAGCCACAUUGGUCUAAUGGGAGAUGGUGGUGAGGACUUGGUGUCCCUAAUGCCUGAUGUUGGGAGUUGACCUCAGUGUCUGACGUGCUACAGGCGUGCUACGUUAACAUGGGGAGGGCGGCGGAGCCAUCCUGUUGGGUUUCAGAACUCCCAGGGAGACAGGAUGGGACUCAGAAGAGGCAUUAUGCAGCCACUUUAGACGCUUCUGCUUUCUGAAGUCAGUCCAUUAGAUACAGCCUCACAGACACUGACUGAGACGUGGGUCUAUACAUGUAAACUACACUGUGAAGGCUAAUGCUAUGUAGCGUUUAUGACCCAGGCUCAUCCAAUGCAGCUGGACAAUCGACCCAUGUACUUUGACUAAUAAAUCUUGAGUCUUUACUUACCUCAGUAGCACUAACUUUAUAGAUGUGCGCACACAAAAUUAAGGCAAUCAAUGCAAUGCCCUUUUAAUGUCUUUCGUAUCCAUGCCUUGCAUUGUAAAGCAGUGGUGCCUCUAACUGUGCUAAUAUUGAUGAUAGCAUCAGUAGCCUUACAGUGUCAUGUAGAUGGUGCUGAUCCCAGGGGUUGUAUGGCUGUGUCUUCCACCAUUUUGCCUUUAUAGCACACUGUUUCUGACCUGGGUCCACAAGGCUUAGAUCAGUGGUUCCCAACUCCGGUCCUAGAGUACUCUCAACAGCACACAUUUUUGUUGUAGCCCUGGACAAGUACACCCAAUUCAACUCAAUGAAAGCAUGAUCAUUAUUUGACAAGUUGAAUCAGCUGUGCUUGGCUGGGGCUACAAUGAAAAUGUGUACUGUUGGGGGUACUUGAGGAACGUAGUUGGGAACCAUGUUUUAGAUCAAACGUGUUGCCUUAUUAGAGGGGGAAGGAUGUGAUCCAGGUCUGACAAUGCAUGUGGAGACCAGAAGUUUAGCUGGUGCCCACUAGGGGAAAAACUAAUCUGUCUUAGUGGUUAGGUUUAGGGUGAAACAUAUCUGGGUUUUGAUUAGAGUUGGGGUUAUUGUUAGGCUUCGGUAUUGGUUAAGUUUAGGCAUAAUAUUGAGGUUAUUGAGGUUUGGGUUAAGGAAAGGGUUAGGAAUUAGGGAUCCAGGGAAUUUUUGUUCCAAGAAGGAUAGAAAAAUGUGUGUCUCUGAGUGUCAGAAACGAAUGGGGCGGUAACAUGGACUAGUUACUGUGGUAUUGAAUCUAGAAGUUGAUGAAGGUGAUACUGUAUGUAUGGUCAUCCAACUGUUCUGAAUAGCCGUCAAAGGCAUAAUUGAUGGCGUACAAUAAACAGGGGCAUAAUUUGCUAAA